AUGAGCAGGGCUAGGAAGACGUACACAACCAGCCAGCUGCAGUCUCUCUCGGAGUUCCCAAGGUGCAAGGAACCGCCUUCAGGAUUCGAUCCGUCGCCAUGGAGGGUAUUGAUGCAGGGAUUUGUUCCGGUCCCUCAAGGCGUUCAUGGGCCACCUCGCCGCGACUGGAACAACCAAGGCCGGUCACCACAGGCAUACGAAGGGCCCGAAUGGGGGAGAGACGGGCGGAGGUAUCCCGGGGGAACCCCUCCGUACAACGGCCCGGGGCCAGGAGGCCGCGGCGGUGGCCGUCCGAUCCUGGACAAAGCCGGAGGCAAAUUUCCUGGCGAUGGAGCUUUUCCCGCAGCCCCUGGCCAGCCUGGUCAGGUUCUGAACCGGACCCAAGGACAGGGCCAGAUGCAGAGUCAAGGAGGGGAAGGUGUGGAUCAGCGUGCGGGUGGUCGCGUUGUGCCUGGCGGUCUUCGCCCUCAGGCAGCCGGAGCUUCAAUUGCAGGUGCAGCAGGUGCAGGUGGUGCUGGAGUUGGGGUUGGUGCGGGCCCGCCUGGGGAGAAGGAGCGUGCCGUCGUCACGAGGCUGCAGCCCGGCUGGAAGACAGGUGAGCUCGUCACGCCUUGUCGUCAAAAACCGUACGGUGGUGCGUAUGGUGCUCCGCAUGCUGGUCCGCAGGGGGGAUCGUACGGUAGACCAUAUGGCGCUGCCAGUAACGCGUAUGGCCCGGAUAAGCCCAGCAGUGACGGUGCUCCGCCAGUGUUUGAGGGGCCUGUCCCAGGGUAUGGGCUUAGGAGCAGGUACCAGCCUGCGGGUAUGCUUGGCAGGGGCGAGAGAGGAGGGGGAAGCGGGGGCGGCAGGGGGUGGGAACGAGGUGGAGGAGAGAGGGGAGGAGGGUAUGGGCGGGGUUUGGGGGCGCGAGGAUUUGGGGGUGGUAUGGGGAGGGGAGGAGGUGGCGGUGAUGGCGGAUAUGCUCCUGGUGCUGCCCCCAGACAGAGGCCACGAGGAGAGGAUGACUCUGCACGCAAGCCGUACGUGCCGGGAGCGCCGCUGAUGGUGGAGGACUCGUUCAACGACGAGACGUUUGGAGGGAGCAGCAGAGAUGCCAGGCGGAUGGAGGAAGAGAAGAGGCGUCGCGCAGAGGAGUUUGAGCAAUUCCGCAGGGCGCAGCACCAGAAGCAGGCAGGCGGGCCACAACCACCGGGACCCCACGCCCUCUUUCCCCUCACCUCCACCACCACCACAGCCGCUACAGCUGCUACAGCCGCCACAGGCGCAGGAGCCCCUCACGCGGCCCCUCACAGGGCGCCGCUGUCUCAGGCAGAGCUGCAGCGCAGGAGGCACGACGAGGACUCUCUCUGGGACUCCCCUGCCCUCUCAGCGGAGCAGCAGGGGCGUUCCGCGUAUCCAGACGACGCAGCAGCUGAGCAGGAGGACGAGUCAGAGCCCCUCGCAUCGCCCCGUGCCACAGAGGAUUCGGAUCUGGAUGUGAAGGAUGUGCAGUCAGGGGGGGCAUUGGCGGCAGGGCUGGCGCCGUCUGUGGCGGCGCUCAUGGGCCUGGCGCCCGCAGCUCCGCCUGGCUUUCCCGCUGCUGCUGCGCUGGGGAUGAAUGCACCCGCUGCUGCUGCUGCUGCUGCUCCUGCUCCUGCUGGUGCGCCUGGGGUGGGUAGGUCUGCAGGUGGCGGAGGGGGCGAGGGAGAGAAUCUGGUGGCGUGGCUGGGAGGGAUCAUGGCUGGAGCAGGCGCUGGUGCGGGUGCUGGUGCAGGCGCUGGUGCGGGUGCUGGUGCAGGCGCGGGUGUUGGUGACGGUGCUGGUGCUGGGGGAACGGUGGUGGCGCACUCUUUGAGUGGGCUUGCUCCUCCUGGGAUCCCACCUGCCUCUGCGUCUCUCUCACUGGAAGACGUUGAGAGGGAGUUGCAGCAGUCAGCGCGUGGGGAUGAACUCAAGGAUCAAUUCAAGGAUCAAUUCAAGGAAGACCGUGAGUGUGAGCCCAACACGCCCGCGGGCGUGCUUGUGUCGAGUGACGAGAGCGGUGGUGUUGACAUGGGGAAGGGAGGAGGAGGGGAGGCAGGGCAGCGUCUCUCUGUGAGCGAUCUGUUUGCUGGGUCUGGGUCUGGGUUGCUGUUAGCAGGGGCUGAGAUCGCAGCAGGAAGAGGAGGAGGAGGAGGAGGGGACACGGUGGGUGGGUGGCCGGCAUUGUCUGGACGUGUAGCUCUUGCGUCAGACCUCGAGGCAGAUGCUGGGGUAGGCACAUCUGGGAUGGAUUCUGCUGCAGCUGUGAACGAUCCCGUUAAAGUCGAUGCCAUAGAUGCUUCUGCAGUGAGAGUGGUGGUAAAGGCUCCCAUGUCUCCCUCCCCCGCCCACCCUCCCAUUCCUGAAGGGUCUACCUCCCCCAGCUGGUCCCUGCCUCCAGAAUCAUCCCUCUUCGGUCCCUCCCCAGACAAGCAAACCAGAUUAUCCGCAGAAGUAGAAGCAGCAGCGUUUACAGAUGCCACAGCUGCAGCUGUUGCCCCUGACUUGCUGCUUGAUCCCUCGUCUUCUUCAGCUGCCGAAGCCACUUCUGCUCUUUCCAAGCUGCUUGCUGGCAGUGGCAGCGGCAGCACCACCAACAGCAGUAGUGGCCCAGGCACCGGCACGGGCAUAGGCAGCGGCGGCGCUGCUUUUCAGCAGCGCGGAAUCUGGGGAGGGAUGGGCUUUGGCGCGCUUUUGGCUGGGGGUGCAGCCGGCACCUCAGCGUUCUCUUCCGGUCAGGCCAGUCAAACCGGUCUUGACUGGUCGUCUGGGCCUCUUGGCUCCGCAACAGCAACGUGGGGGACAGUAGGGUCCGGGAAAGGGUUUAUGGAGGGUACGGCAGGGAGGGAGUGGGGCAGUGCGGAGGGUUCUGCAAGCAAGAGUGGGGGGAAAGAGAACGGGUUUGACUCGUCUUUGACGUCUGCUGCUGCCGCUGCUGCUGCUGCGGAGGCUGCUGCUGGUGCUGCUCUGCUGUGGGGCGAAGGGGCAGAGGUGAGGGGGACACCAGAGGCAUUGUUGGAGCUGAUGCGAGGGGAGAAGAAGGGGCAGCAGCAGGCAGGCGGUGGUGGUGCUGUGAUGGAUGAGAGCUCUCAGGAGGGGUUGUCUGGGUUUGUCGGGAAUGGAGUGGGAGUGGGAGUGGGAGGGGGAGGGAGGGAGGGCAAGGGCGGGAGUGGUGACCCAUCGAGUGGAAAUGGCACUCAGGCAUCCCUCCCCUCAGCCCACGAUGCAGCAGAAAUCGAGUCACUCCUAGAGGCUCUCUCCCAGCAAGCUGCUCCGUCCGCUGCUGCAGCUGCAAGCGGCAGGGGAGCAAUCUCUUCAGCUGCUGCAGCUGCUCCCACCUCUACCUCUGUGGUAACCAGCGUUAAUACUAGUGACUGCAGCAACCGCGGUGGCAGCAGCGCUGGUGCAGGCUUUGGCAGUGGUUUUCAGAGCAGGAGCAUACCCCUCUCUACCCUCUUUUCUCCCGAUCAAGCCACACAUUCAGCAUCCGUGCCUAUGGCUUCUCAACCUACAAGCACAAGAGGCAGCAGCACCGGCAUUGACAGCACCACCGGUGGCAGCAGGCGCGGAAGGGCAGCAGCAGGGGUUUGGAACCAGGCCGGGCCAAUGCACUCGCAAGAAAUCCCACACGUGUACUCAGUGUCUGCUCCUCCGGAGCUUGGACCACCCUCCCGCUCGGCUGUCCCUCUGGUGCCUGUGCCACCCUCGUCAGGUCUGCCCGUACCUCUGCCCAUGCCUGUGGGUCCGAGUCUGGAAGACAUUGAGAGAGGGGGAGGCGGGACUGGUGGCGGUGCUGCUGGAAUCUCCCUGCCGUUUCCUUUCCCCUUGUCCUCCCAGGGUCCUCCAGACCAGCUCGUGGAAGCAGAGCAAGGGGCAGGAGGGGGCUUAGGAGGGAGGGCAGGGGUGGGAGGUGGGGGCGGGUCGCUGCCAUUCCCUUUCCCCUUGUCCUCCCAGGGUCCUCCAGACCAGCUCGUGGAAGCAGAGCAAGGGGCAGGAGCGGGCUUAGGAGGGAGGGCAGGGGUGGGAGGCGGAGGGGCGCCGCUGCCAGCGAUGCCGUCGGCAGUGCAGUGGCAGAGCCUGGAGGAAAUAGAGGCGUCACUGCUGCAGUCAGCAGAAGGGCAGGAGCAGAGGCAAGGGCAAGGGCAGGGGCAGGGGCGGGAUGAAUACGUGGAAGCUUCGAGCUCAGAAAACCCUCAUGCGCCUGGUUUGGGGCAGCUGUUGGUGCCUGGACUGCUGGCUGCUGGUGAAGGUACGGGUCAAGGGGGGAAUGGGUCUGGCAGUGGCGCGCCGGGAGGGGCCUCUGCUGCUUCUAUGCAUCUGCUGUCAUUGCUGACUGGCGGGGCACAGGUAGGAGCGGGAGGUGGGACUGCAGGUGGAGGAGGAGGAGGAGGAGGAGGGGAUGUUGGGGCAGAAGCAGCUGCAGGAGAGGCAGCUGAUGGUUUUGUUGCGAGUACUGGGGGUUCUGUGGUAGUGCGGGCACAGGAGGGCAAGAGCAGUGCGACUAGUGGUGGCGACUGUAGCAACGGCUAUGUGUGUGGGCAUGAGGGCGUGUCUGGCAAUGCAGAUUCAGAUGCAGAUGCUGGUGUCGAGUCUGUUAGUAGGAAGAAGGAAAGGGCAUCGCCUGUUGGUGCUCCUGCUUCAGCUAAGGAGGUGGCAGCAGUUGCUGCUGAUAAGCAGAUAGCACCUGGCGCUGGUGAUAGCAGUGCAGCGUUUGUUGGUGAUAAGCAGAGUGCAGCAGGCGCCGUUAAGCAGAACGCCACAGGCUCUGGUGUAGAGCAGACAGGAGCAGGUGCUUCUGAGACUGCAAAUGCAGGUAGUAAGAGCGGGAAGGAGAAGGGUAAUAAGGAAGCAGGCAAAGAGGCGGGUCAACAGCCCUCGUGUGAGGAGAAAUUUGCUGUAGUAGCAAAGAGUUUGGCUGUAGCAGCAGAUUGGACAGUCGAUGGAGAUACCUCACCAGCAGCAGCAGCAGCAGCAACCGCCGCAGCAGCUACAGCAGCAGGAGUAGAAGGGCGAGGGGGGGCGGAAAGAGAUGGUAAAGGUUCGGUUGAUGCGGUGCAAGGGAGGAAGGAGAUGGCGAAGCAGGAGCCUCGGCAGCAGCAGGUGCAGAAGCCUGGUAUUGUGAAGCGGUUGUUUGGGUUCUUCCAAAGCUCCCCUGCGCCUCCUGCACCACCUGCUGCUGGUUCUUCUGCUGCUGCUGCUGGGGCUGAGGAGGAGCCGAAGCAUCCAGGGAAGGACACGUCUGUUGAGGAUAGCAAUGUGGAGAGGGAUGAAAAGGGAGAGGAGUUUGUUCUGGGACACGAGAGCGAUAGAAAGGAGGAGCAGGGGAAGGCUGCUGGUGAAGGGAACGCGUUGAGCAGCAGCAGUGAGGGUGUGGGUGAAAAGAAGGCAGUGGAGACUGACACUGGUGGGGUGCAGAGUGGUGCUGAGGCGGUACAGAUGGGUGGAGAGGAAGGGGGCUUUGGGGGGCAGAAAGAGCAGGAUGGAAUGGCAAGCGUGCAAGAUACAGGCAGCCAAGGAAAGCGAUCGGGCAAUCAUAACACGGAAGAGCAAAACGAGAAGCAGCAGCAGAUGCAGCAGCAGCGGGAACAGCAGCAGCAGCAGCAGCAGCAGCAGCAGCAGCAGCAGCAGCCUACCUCCCCUCCCUCGCUCCCAAUGCCGUUCCCAGUGCACCCAUCCAUGUCCCCUUCUCCACAGCCCCAUCCUCCCCUUAUGCAUUCUCUCCCGCACUUGAUGCACCCGCCGCAAUCCAUGAUGAUGCACCCAUUCUCGCAGCAGCCGCCUUUUACUGACAUGCUUCAGAAGGCAGGUGAUUCCCGCCCACAUGCUGUGCCUGGUAGUGCCCUACCGCCCUGGCUCCCUGUCGAGCCAGGUCGACCUCCCGAUUACCAGCAGCAGCAACAGGACCAGCAGCAGCACAACCAGCAGCAGCACCAGCAGCAGCAGCAGCAGUACCAGCAGCAACAGCAGCAGCAGCAGCAGCAGCAGGAGUACCAGCAGCAACAGCAGCAGCAGCAGAAUCAGCAGCAGCAGCAGCAGCAACAGUUGCCUCCCCAUGCACCUAUCCAACAGCACCCAGGACUCAUCUCCUCUCCCUUCCCGCCUGGCAUGCCAUUCCCCACCAUCCCGCCGCCAGGUCUCCCCCCUCCUCCUGGCAUGUACCCACAUGCCAUGCAUCCCCAUGCCAGAGGCCCAUUCGCAUUCCUGCCUCACCACUUAUCUCCGCAUCCCCCCAACCACUCUUCCGCCUCCCCUUUCUCCUCCCCUCCCCCGUUCCCUGGCGCCCACCCCCCUGACCGCCCCCUUCUGCACUUCUUCCCCCCCCCUGGCAAUUCCCCCAGUCGCCUCCCCCAUGGCCCCCUUCCCCCUCAAGAGUUCCCUCCUCACAGCAUGGGUUCUGCACCGCACUCCACCGCCCCUCACCCCUCUCCACUUCAUACUGUAUCAGGAGCCAGCCGUUCAGUCCUGGAAUCAUCCCCCCCUCGUGAAGGUGACUCAACUGCUUUCAGUCAAGCAAGUCACGCAAGUCAAGGGGAGCGAGCAGGAGAGGGAGUAGGAGGAGGGGAAGGGGGAGCGGCAGCAGCAACAGGGGCGCUUCUUUCAACGCCGCAUACCCAGCAGCAUCCCCAGCAGAAUUCCCAGCAAUUCGCCUCACACUUUCUGCACACCCCACCCAGGCAGCAGCAGCAGCUUCAGCAGCAGCAGCAGCAGCAGCAGCAGCAGCAGCAUCAGCAGCAGCAGCAUCAGCAGCAACAGCAACAGCAUCAGCAGUCUGGCGUUCAGUCUGCUCCUGCUACUCCAGGGCCCUCUCUACACACACCCCAUGCACCCAUGCCAUUCGCCCAUCCCCACAGCCCCUUCAACCAUCACCACCCCCACCUGCUGCAUCCCGCUCUGGCCUACUCUCCCGUCCGAUCGCCCAUGCAUGCGCCCAUGCACGCACCCGUGCCAAUGCCCAUGCCCAUGCACAUGCACAUGCACAUGCAGAUACACCCUUCCAUGCUGCCCCGUCCUGCAAGCCCCUCUCCCCCUCCCCACGCCUCUGCUCCCGCAGCACCCACUCAUCUCCCCAGUUAG